ACAUGGGUAUUCUGGCGCGUGUCCAUGCGGCGGCCAGCCCUGCAGGGCCCGAAUUAGCGCACGAAUUCCUUGCGACGGCGGCAUUGCUAAGCCGGUGUCGGUCCGAACACAACUGCGCGGCCACUUUUGUUAUUUUGGAUGGCAGACGGUUUCUUGCUGCGGCAGGCACUAGGAGGCGGUGUGGCAUCUCAAUAAAAGUUUCUAGUUGUUCUCCAGGAGAAAGAAGGCAGACAGAGAGAGCUGAACUGUGCGACAACGACGCAAUGAGCUUCUGACGUUUUUCAGCGUCGUCGGAUAGCCGAACUUAAACCCUUCCCUUGCAAAAUGCAGCACAUUCGGCCGACCGGCAAGGGCGAUCCACUCUGUCCGCUGGGAUUCCACCCCCAAGUUCGGUGGCCGACACGCUGCAAAAGAUGUUUCAGAGAUUACAAAGAACAUGGAAAUCGCAACAAAGAAGUGGAACCAUUGCGGAGGGAUGAAGUGACUGCAUCAUCUCCAUCUUUAUCAUCAUGGAAUUCAAGAUUACAAAGCGACUCAAAGAAAGACAGCGGCAUCGGAUCAAGGUCAUGGACGAGCAGCACCAAUCUCGCCGACUCAUCAUCAGCCACCUCCAGCCUCACCUUCCAAAAGACUUCUUCACCUUCAUCUACUUCAUCAUCUUCCUCUCCAGGCUUCAGUAAUGCAGCAUCAUCUUGGACAUCGACUCCCAAUCUGGCAGAUAUGAAAGAAGACGCUCAACCGGUUACAACAGUCAAUGUCACUCUACCAAGAAGGAGGCCGCAACCUGUUGUUACAGAUGAUGAUGGAGGAACUGGAGUCGCUGAAUCAGAAAAUCAACAAGACACCCCAACCCCAAGAAGUAGAAAUGAUUAUCGUAGAACACAGUACACGGUUCGGAGAAGAACAAGCACGCCAAGCACAGUUGUCGACACAUCGACCAGCUACACGCCGAAAACAUCGGUCAGUGCUUCAGCAACGAUAACGACCACGUUUUCAAGAGCUUCUAGAACGCCAGACAGGGUCGUCGACAAAACUCCGGAACGAACGCCUGAGAGGGUCGUUGUCAAGCUGCCUGAAAAGCCUGUUGCCGCAAAAACAACAACAGAGAAGUCUAGCAAAGCUGAUAUGGACUUCAUGAUGCAGGUGAAAUCAUCAAAACCUCCCAGACCACCUACUUCCAGUGCUAAGAAAUCAUUACAGCUUCCUCCAUCGAAGCCAGCUGCAUCCAGCAGCGAGGAGGAUGAUGAUGAUGAUGACAACAGCAGCACGACAGGAACGGAGACCACUGAGACCACACUUGUUAACGAUACUAGCGAAUUACAGAAUCUGAAACUGCAGCAGAAAGUGAACGAACUCAACACAACACUGGAGGAUUUGAAAGAUGAUAAACGCAGUUUGAGUUUACGCGUGAAAGAGUUGGAAGCGGAUCUGGAGAAGAGCAAAUCAUCAGCUGACUUGGAGAAGGAGGCUGAAACACUGCGAGCUAAACUGCAGGCUGCCGAAACACUUUGUGAGGAGUUGAUGGAUGAGAAUGAGGACAUGAAGAAGGAGCUGCGUGAUCUCGAAGAGGAGAUGGAUGAGAUGCAAGACAAUUUCAGAGAAGAACAAGCUGAUGAAUAUUCGUCUUUGAAGAAGGAACUGGAGCAAACAGCGAAGAACUGUCGAAUUCUGUCAUUCAAGCUGAGGAAAGCAGAAAGGAAACUCGAGACUGUUGAAGCUGAAAAAAUAGAACUAGAGAAAAAGUGCAAAGAGUUGGCUGGCGGAUCAUCAGGACAAGAUAAGGUGGAGAGAAUCCGUCAUCUGGAGAAAGAGCUCACUGUUGCCAAUGAGGUUGCUCAAAGAUUGCAGAAAGAACUUGAAGAAGCAAAAGAGAAGAUGAAGUCCAUCAACGAUAAAGACGACGGAAAGACAAAGAAGAAAGCUCCAAUGCUAGGAAGUAUUCCUAAAACACCAUCUGGUGAGAAGGUCUCGAGAGAAUCGUUGACUCGAGGAGGCUCUCAAGAAGAUCCAGUUCAGCUACUCAGAGAUCUCCAGGACUCAAUGGAAAGAGAAGCUGAUCUUCGUGAACAAUUAAGAUUUGCAGAAGAAGAAGCUGAAAAUCUAAGGAAGAAAGCAUCUCGAGUUGAGGAUGAUAAUGAAUCGUUGGUUUUGCAGCUCAAGAAAAUGGCUACGAAAGCCAGAACGCAAAGACACAGCCCCAGUAGCAUACGUCUCACCCCUGAAUCACCUCAGGAAAAAGAUGAGGGUAUCUCUGACGAGGAGGAUCCUGCAGAAUUGCGCCUUCUACUUGAGCUCAAUGAACAGGAAGCAGCAGUCUUGCGGAGAAAGGUGGAAGAACUGGAGGGAGAAGGAACAAGCUUGAGAAAUAAAGUGAAGGAUUUACAAGAAAAAUUGGCUGCCAAAACUUCUCUAGCUAGUAGAAGACAACUCUCUACCUCUGACCCUAAGAAAGGCGAAAAGGGUGAGAGUGCCGUUUAUGAGAAAAAAAUCAAGAUACUGGAAGAGGAAAUGAAUGAGCUGAGGAAAAAACUACUAGAAAAAGAGAGAGAUUGUGAAAGACUGCAUACAGAAAUAACACUUGCUCAAAAGAAACCUAAAACUCUGGUGAAGAGCAAAUCUCUGGACGCCUCGUCGGAGGCGCUCGACCUGAAGCGGCAGCUGCAGGUGGUGGAGCAGGAGGCGAGUGUACUGCGCACGCGCACUCAGUCACUCGAGUCUGACAACGAGAAGCUGGUCGCUGAGAAUAAGCGCAUGCUGCUCACUCGGGGCACCAAGAAGGCAUCUGCCUCUGCCUCCGACUCGUCCGCCCUGCUCCAACUCAAGGAGAAGGUCACCGCUCUCGAGAAGCAGCUGGAGGAUUCGAAUGCCAAGUUGAAAGAGCAUGAGAACGAGCAACUAGAAAUGAUCAAAAAAGAAGUCAAAGAUCCGGCAGUUCCUUCGUCUGCAGAACUCGAUAAGAUGAAGAAACUUUUGACCAAGGCUGAGAAUGAGAAAUCUCGUUUGACUGAAACUCUCACGCGGAUGAAGGAGGCUGAGUUGACAGAUAUUGAGAAGUUCUAUCAAAAGCGUACUCCAAAAAAGCCAACUGAUCUCACAACAAAACUGCAACUGAAAAGAAUGGUCGAAGACUUGGAGAAUGAGAUUGGUGAGGUGCUUGUCGCUCUGAAAAAGUCAACUGAGAACAAUAACAAAACUCUCGCCAAAACUGAAGGUUUGGAAAGUAACAAAUUAAAGACUGAAAUAGAAGAGUUGAACAAGAAACUUGAAGCGGCACAAAAAUGUAUGAAGCAAGAGAAGGAAGUGGCCCUGAAAGAGAUCGAAAAAUUGAAGAAAGAAAUCUCAACCCAAGAAGAUGACAAGAAGAAGCUGGAUAAGGAGAAAGAAAAACUCAAAAACUUGCUGGAAGAGGAGAAAAAGAAAUUGAGUGCGGAGAAGCAGAAUGUUGAUAAAAUGAAAUCAGAAAUAGGGUCAUCUAAGAGCACACAAGAAGAGAGCACCAAGUUGAAAAAGCAGGUGGACAAACUCACUGCAGAGCUGCAAGAGGAGAACAACAAAGCUAAACAACUCAACAAGCAGAUUGAAGAUUUUCAGAAAGCAGAUCAAGAUCGAUCAAAACUUAUCAAAGAUAUUGGUGACAAAGCCAAAAAGAUAAAUGAAAUGGAUAAAAAGAUGAAAGAGCUUGAAGAAAAGUUGAAAAAAUCAGAGCGACUUGUUAGCACAAAGAAAGAUAAAAUAACAAAGCUGGAGAAAGAGGUAGGUGAAUACAAAGAGAAGAUACAAGACGUCGAAGCUGGUAGCAGUGGCGAACUGAAAACAUUGCAGAAAGAAAAAUCUAUUCUGAUUGAUCGAGUUACAGAACUACAAGCUGAAACCGAUUAUCUGUCAUCACAGUUAUCAGCUAAAAAGUCCGAUAUUCUUCGAUUGGAGGAAAAUCUCAAAGAAGAACAAGAAAAACUGACCGAUCUCAACUCAAAAGCUGGAAAUCAAUCAUCCCAAGAGCUUUCAAAAUUGAAGGAUGAACUGAAUGCUACUAAGAAACAAGCUAAGGAGCUCAAUGAUACAAUCAAAAAGUUGGAAGCAGAAAAGAGUAAAGGCGAUGAAACUAGUAAAGAGUUGAAAGAUAAAUAUCAGAAGGAAAUAACAGAAUGGGAGAAGAAAUCAUCAGAUCUAGAAAUGGACCUCCAGGCGGAAAGAAAAAUGAUUGAACGAUUGAAAGCUACUCAUGAGAAGGAAAUCAAGAACAAAGAAUCCGAAUUGACGACCUUGAAAUCGAAGUCAGCCUUGACUGGAAGCAAAAAAUUGAAUGAAGUUCGACAGGAACUUCAAGCUAAAAUAGACAGGUUGGAGUUGGCUUUGUCAUCAGAAAAGCAUGAGUACGAUGAGCUCACAAGUAAAUACGAACAACUUGAAGAAGAGCAUGUCGUUACAAAAGCUCAACUAGUUAGAGAAAGAGAAGUAAUACAAGGGCAACUUGUCAAAAGCCAACGAGAACUUUCAGAAGUCGAAGUGGAGCUCAAAACGCUCAGGGAAACUUAUAACACGAAACAAGACACUUGGACCAAAGAAAAGCUUGAAAUGCAAGAAAAGUUACGGGAAAACGUAUCAAAGGCGGAACAGGACAACACGUGGCAAUUGGAGAAGAUGCGACUGACAGCCAUGUGCGAAGAAAAAGCUUCUGAGGUGGAUUCACUCCGCAGAGAAAAUAUGACACAAGUUGAACAAAUAGAAUGCAUGAGGAAAGAGGCAGACGAGAUUAAAAGAAAGUUGGAUGACUAUGAAAAAGUUGUUAAACUUCAACGUAGCUACUCCACAGAUACAUCGAAUAUCGAUCGUGAGCUGAGGGAAACUAAAAACAAAUUAUUCUUGGAAGAAAAGGCGCGCAAAUCGGAAGUAGCAUCACUGAAGCUGAGCUAUGACAACAGAGUGUCGGUGAUAAGUGAUGAACUGAAGAAAGCGCAAACUCAAGUGUCCAGGUUCAAAAAGGAGCGCGAUAAUUUCAGGCACAUGCUCGAAUCAGCUCAGAAGAGUAUUUCUGAACUGAAAGCUGCAGGCACAGCUGCUUCUUCAGGAUCGACGAGUCCAGUCGAGGGAGAGGAACUACAGAGUCAAAUAGCCACAUUGGAGCAACAAAUCAAUUGCAUGGAGGAUGAGCUUUCUGAAUCUCGUCUGGAGGCAUCUCGACUAAAAACUGAACUUGUGUCAGAGCGAUCCGCAUGGGAAGUGAAGCUCUCAGAAAUGAACUCCAAGAUUAAUGAGCUGGAAGAGGAGAGACUAAUGGCGAGUGGACGAACAAAAAUUUCUGGUUUGAAAACUAGGAUGGAAUUGGCCUGGCACAAGGAGAGAGAAGAUCAACAAAGGCUUCUACAAGAAGCUUCAACCUUGGCAAGAGACUUAAGACAAACUUUGUUUGAGGUUGAAAGAGAGAGGGACAAAGAAAGACUAGAGGCUAAGAGAAAACUGGAACAAAUGAAAAGAUCCGGCGAGGAAGAACAAGAAGAAACAAGGAAGAAACUGAACGAGCUACAUUGUGAUCUGUUAGAGCUUAGAGAUGCCCACGCCAAACUGCGAACGACCAACGAGAAACUUCGCAGAGAGAAAGAUCGCUCGGAGAAAGAGAAAGAUCUGAUAAGGCAGGCGACAAGCAGCCGAAUGCGUCAGGACCAAGAGGAUGACCGGCGAGUCAUUGAUCUGCUUAAUCUUGUUGAAGAUUUGAUGCGACAAGCACCCGAACUAUUCCCAUCAGCAAAAUCUACAACAGGAUCAACGGUUAAUUUAACAACACCAACACCACCUAUCAGAAGAAAAGACGAGGGUCCAAAAUCAAGAGAAUCAUCUCCAGCAAUUGAUAGAGAGCCAUCUGUAGAUAAGGAUAGCAAAUCACAGCAAAUUCAAUCAACGAUGAAAAAGUUAUCAGAAGCUGUUGAAGAGUUGAGAAGAACACAAAAGACAUCUGAUGAAAGGAGAAGGGUGGUGCAGGCUCGAAAAUCAUUUGGUUCUCGAAGGGCUGCAUCGAGUGAAUCAGAGAAUCCACCUGAAGCAUUGCUGGGAAAUGGCAGUCGGACGAGCAGCUUGCAGAGGAAGGGAAGUCUCUAUCGCAAGAGUUUAUCUCUUGAACAGACCACUGCUGUUGAGCAGGGCAUUUGGAAAGGAGAUGGCAAUGAAACAGAAGGCAGCUUCAAUAGCAUUGCUUCCUUGGAUGACGCCUACGAUGCCAAAUUUUUCAGGAGGGACGCAAGUCUCGACAGUCGCCUAUCAGGAGGCUCAACUCAAAGUGAGGUGAUUACGUCAGGCACUGAAAAGAAAAAGAAGAAAGGUCUGCUCGGGAAGCUGAAGAAAUUGACCAAAUCGUCGAGGAGUAUCGAUCAUGACGGGGGAGAUAUGUCCUCAGUUGGAUCAACUGGACAGAUUGACCUUGGGUCUGAUUCAGCGCUGAGCUCAGCUACUGAACCAGAACGAGUGAGCAAACGUGAUCUCAAGGACCGUCUCACUGGAAUCUUCAAGAAGUCCGGCUCUGCUUCAAGAGGAAACAGUUUGGAACGAAAUACAAAGCCUCCAACAGGAAGCACUAGCACUAGCAGUGGUAGCACUUUGGCAGUUUCUGGAUCGAGCAGACAAGGCCAAGAGCGUGCUUCCAGCAUUUCCAGAGCCACCAGUAGUAGUGCACUCACUCGAGCAUCACCAGCUAGAAGUGAUUCAAGUAUGACGUCGAGUAGUACUUCCCGACCACUGAUAAGCAGCAGCGCCUCAACUCCAGGUAGUGCUCAAGUCCAGAGAAAAGUCGUGAAGAAAUAAUGUGAUUCAUUCUCUUUUCCUGGACUGCGAAAACGUCUGCACACUUGCUCCACCUGACGCUGUAUUUAGCGUCCAUGUAUUUACCUGACCAUUCUAUAGCUAAUCUGUUCUCUACUGGUAUUUCGUAUUUACAGACACUUAUUAAAAUAGUUAUAGGAUGUUAUUCCUCGGAUAUUUGAUUAUUAUUUAGAUUUUUAAUUUGGUUCAGUCGAUUUUCUUAUUCCUAAAAUUGAAUACCUACCAACCUUCAUUCCAGGUUUGAGAAAUAUCUGUAUCGUUUUCUGUGUUUAUUACAUAUCUGUGAUGUGUAUUGCUUUUUGAUUGUGAAACAAUUUGACAUUAUUAAAACAUUUUAAUUUUAGGUUCACAAAUAAUAAUAAUUAUAAGUAAUUUUCGUAUUCAUCAUAAUCAAUCACAAAAAUAAUGUAAACAUUUAUUUAAAAAAUUAUUUUCCAUCCUGAAUCUGCAAUUUUGAAGAAAUCUGAGUAAAAUGGAGAGAGGCUACGAUUCUUCAAGUUAAUAAUUAGCCUACUUAACUUUUCCAAAUAUACAAACAAAUAGAAUAACCUAUUUGAAUCUUCCAAUGUGUUCAUUAGACCGAUAAAAUCUCCACAACUACAAGAAAACGGAUGAGGAAAUAUAUCAGACUCUGAUUUAUGAAUAUGAAUAUAUGACUCUGAUUUAUAAAACACAUAAUGUCGUAAAAUCAAUAAUAUUUUAUAAAUGAUUGCUGACAGUUGCAAAUAUAGAGGCUUAAGUCUUAAAGCUAUUACAUAAAAACCCAUAUUAAAUUAGACCAAUAUCACUGUUUAAAUCAUCUCAAUUAAUAUUUUCUUACAAUUAUAUGAUAUAUUUGAAAUCUGCAGUAAGCAAGGUAUAUCAAGAAUUAGAAAUACUGUGUUGAAUAGAAUCAAAAAUAAUUUUAUUUUAUAAUUCUAAUUUUUUAAAUUAAAGUUGGACUUCAAUUGACGUUUUCUAUAAUCAUUCAGCUUGGUGCGAAGUGGUGCUAUUAGUCAAUAGCACAUAUUAUGAACUUUAUAAAAAUAGCUAUAACUUUAUCAAACAUUCAAGCAAGACUAGAGUCUCCUUAUAUAUUCUAAUUCUAAAUUUGAAGAUUGAUGUCAGACUUUUUUAUACAAUUUUAUUUUAUUUUGAUACUUAUAUGUAAUCAGUUCUCAUGUGCCUUCAAUAUUCAUUGUAGAAUUUCCCAGUGCAUAUCUCUCUAGAAUAUUAUUAGCAUUUUGUGUACGAUAGCCUAUUAUACAGUAAUAUACGGUAGUGAUUCCAGUUUCUAUAUCAUACUGUGGUGUCGUUAGUAGGCUAAUAAUGCUUACCAUUGAUUAGUCUUAUUAUUAUUCCUCUCUUACAGUAAAUUGUGCCUUAAAUAUGUAAAAGAAUUGAAUCUCCAGGGUUUUUUCAUAAUCUGUAGUAUAAUUUGUGAAAUCGAUAAAAUACAUACUUGCCUUGAAUUCAGACAUUUUAUAUCAUGUGUAAGUUAAUAGAUUAUUCAAUAAUGUUUGAACCACGCUGGGAAGAUGAAAUAAAUGAUGAAUUUUGUUUUAUAUAUAUUCUAGUUUAAUAUGUUGAAAUUUGUUUGAACUCAUUGAGAAUGAGGAAGGAAAUAUAUUCUUAUUGUAAAUUGGUAAUUUAAUAAAUUUUCAUGUGAUGAAAUAAAUAUGUGUUCAAUAA